GGAAACCACCAGAGGAACACAGUGGAAACAGGAUGAGAUCACUGUCCUGUACACAUUCAGCUGUUUGAAAGAGCACUUGGGCACAAUCAGCAUCAGUGAAGUGGAAAGGAUUAAUAUCACAGUGAGCCAGAGUACAAGCCAACAACAUCCCAGAAGCAUAAGGAAUCAUACCUUGAGCUGGAAGGACUUUUUGUUUCCUGAAAGUCAAAACCUUUUACUGUAUGUAACCUUUGCUUCCUGUAGCCUUAAGAAAGAUAAGUUAAAGAGCUUAUUCCCUUGACAGAGCUGCAAGGUAAGUGUCUGAAACAACAAUGUACUGUGCAAAAUACUGUGGAAUAAAAUCAUGAGAGAACUGGCUUGUAGUUGAACGCUAGCACUAAAAGUUGGCUAGAGGAGUGUUGAGGUCGUUCUGCUUUUCCACAGUGAUCUUGUUGGGGAAGAUGUAUUUAGUGAAAUACAGCUGGGUUCACAGUUAGCUGAUAAUGCAGGAACUACAAAGGACAAAAAUGGCACAACCGUAUCUUUCAACAAGAAAAAUCUAGCUAGUCUCCUACACUUGAUUAUUUGUAGCUAUAACUGCGGUAUGUGGGCGCCGAGAGCAAGAAGAGAUUUAUGUUGGAAAUGCCUAACAGCGGCUCAGAUUUGCAAUAGAAGGGUUGAGAAAGCAAAAGUGUCACCAAAGAAACUGGUCAUCCUACUCAUUCACUGUUUGGCUCCAUUGCAAUGUAAGAUGCGUGUGCUGAAGUCAGCAGCUGGUGAUGGGUUAAAAGAAAGUGGUACAGAGAGGGAGUGUGGCUGCAUGAGCGGGGCAGACCCUGCAGGCUGCUGCCUGCUGCUCUAAGGCAGUCUGUCAUCCCAGGCGUCCUGCAGGAGUUGACAUGGCACACUGAAUGUCAAGGGGCUGCCUGGAGCUGCUUGAUAUUCAGCAGUGAAAAAUCAAUGGGGACUUCAUGGCAUUAGGAGGGGAUGUGAUUAGGAAUACUGAAGGAAGAAACAGUGAAGGAAGUGGGGCUACUUAUCAGGAAAGAAAACACCGGGGGAGUUGCGUGUAAGUGAUAUGGGUAAAGAUGGGUUUGUUAUAGAUAAUUUUGCUAUUCUCUAUGAAUUCCCAAAUGUGAUUUAGUAUGCAUACAAAGUUCCUAUGUUUCUCUUGAAUGGGAUAAGAAAUAAACUACAGUGGCUUAAAAGACCCUCACGCUGAUACAGAAUGCACAGUCAUUAUAGUCAUUUAAAAAUUGGAUGCCACUAAUUGAAAAAAAAGUAGGCUGAUAGAGAAGUAUGUCUAGAACAGGCCUUUCCUUUCCACACCUUAUUUUAGAUUUUGCUGGCUAGAUGAGCUUUUCCUGUUUUGUAGUGAAGUAGUUCAUCUUCCUCCACCUGCAGUUUCCUAAGGGAGGGAAGACUCACGUUCAUUUUAUCGAUCUACUAAUCACGUAUUUGCUAGCUGGUUUUGUUGCUCUGGGCACGUCCAAUGUCUCAUAAGGCCCUUUUUGAAUGAUUUGGCCAAGGAUACAUAACAGAGUUUAAGAUUUGUGGAUGUACAAGCUGUGUCUUGGGAUUUGAUUUGCCAAGUAUAAAAAGAACUAGUGAGGCAGACACAAAGCAGUCUACAUUUCACUGCUUAUUAAGGGCUGGGAUUAUGGGUGCUAUACAGAGUGAGAGCUUUCUUUUCUCUCUUGAAGUAGUUCAUUCCUGAAGAAUGGCACUGAGUGACCUCCUUUACCCAGAAAACCCCAGGAGACGGCAAGAACUGAUCCAUCUGCACCGGGAAUUGCUUGACUGCAUGUCCAUGAAUUUCCAUGCAACAAAUGAGCUGGCUGGAGUUCUGAAUGCACACCUGGGGUGUACUAUCACCCACAUCAAGAUGAGAGAGAGCAGCACUGUCAAAGAGAACUGUGAUAUUAUCAUUCGAGCAAUGCAUGAGAUUCAGUGUCAGGUACAGAAGAUUGAUGGCGACAUGAAGGAGAAGCUGGAGCCUGUGCUGUACCAGAAGCUGUACGACAUUAAAGAGCCUGAGCUGGAGAAAAUUGCAAUAGCCCAUAAAGUUUUUUCCAUUGUUCUUGGAGAAGUGACUUCAACUGCUGGGAUGGUAGCUGUCAAACUGCUUAGCUCCAACCUUAUCACUAUCACUGUCUGCAAACUCAUCAGCCUCCUUGCGCAGAUUGGGGCAUCUGUUCUUGGGGGAAUCAGCAUUACUAUCCUUGGGCUUGGCAUGGAAAUGAUCCUCCAUGCCAUUCUGGGAGCCGUGGAGAGGAAUCAGCUGCUGGCAGCUGUGAGGAGCUAUGAGGAGCACCUGGCUGAGUUUAAAGAAGCCUCAGAAAAAUACCAGCGUGCCAUACAUGAAGUGACUUCUUUGGUCAGACAUCAAGUUCAGUGAAUGGAAAGUCAACACUUUAAAUACAUGGCACCUUUUCUUCAGCUGUUUUCCAGAAUGCACUGUAGAUGGAAUGCUAUUAGUACUGGUGACAGUAACAUGCACUGCUGGAACAGAAGUAGUGAGAAAGUACAAUUUUUCUCUUCCAGAGUUUCUCCAUCAAAAUAACAUUAUGAUGGGAGAAAAUCAUUUCAGCAAAAUAACCCAUAUAAUCACCUGGAGAAUUCACCAGGCUGGCUGUUGUCGUUAAACUCUUAGUGUGGAUUUGUGCUAAAUCUGACAGGCUGAAUUCCCCAUUCAUAGAAGCGCUUACAAGGACUAGCUGAAGCACAUUUAACUCCUAUUUCCUGUGCCAUUUCUGCCUGAGGAGCCAGACAGAGAUCUUUAUAUAAAUUCUAAUACCAGCAGAUUAACAGAUAGGAAAAUCAUGGGCCUACAGGCCCAACAGUUGAGAGAGUCCAGCUGUGCUGCUCCUGGUGUAUCUAGCUGUGAGCAACAUCUUGUUAUCAGUAUUGUCCUGCUCCUGCUCACUCACAGGUAGAUAUUUCUGUGCACACUUGCUGCUUUGUUAAUCAAAUGGCAUUACAUGCUUACACAAGGAUUUGUAAGAUUACAGCCCUAUUAAUGCUCUAAAUUUACUUACAAGUUCUUCACGAGUCACCAGUGUGGGACUGCCAAGAAUACUCUGAUACUAUAUUUCACAACUCGCCACCUAAUGGCCUUAUUUUGCAGACUUUCAGAACAAAGCUAGAAGCAAGAGCAUGAUUUGCUGCCAAGCUCUGAUUUGCCGUGGUUUGCUUUUUUUCUUUGAAAAAAAUAUACAGAAUUUAGGAAUUAAUAAAAAUAUACCUA